UGAAUAGUUAUAUUUAUAUAUUUAAAAUAAAAUAGUACACUUGACGGAAGGAAAAAUAUGGCGACUGUGUGACUAUACAAGGUCAGGUGACGCUGACGUCACCAAGAAAGCCGUCAAAGUCGACAACCAUAUUAAGAGUAAAUUAUGCUAAUAAUAAUGAUGAUAUAAAUAGUGUUUUAUAACAGUGUACUUUGUGUGUUAAACGUCGUCUGGCGGAGCGAGGAGUGGUCUUUGGAAGAUAAAAGCGCGUGGCUAGCUGGCUAGCUAGUUAGCGCGGAGGAGGAGGGAGGGGACAAAGUAGCAGACCUCGCCCAGACUUGCUUCAUUCCGACGGCCAGCUAACCCUAGUCCAGGCGGUGCGAGUUGACCAGCACCAGUCCAGCAGGCUCACGUCUAAGGGGCAUUCUGACACAGCGUGUGUCUAUAAAGUUAACAAACAAUGUUCCGGAAAACCUUAAAAAAGGACCCCGAGCUCUUCCAGAACGUGGCGGACGGGCUCCGGCAGCUUUACCGGACCAAACUCUUCCCCCUGGAGGACACCUACCGGUUCCACGACUUCCACUCCCCGGCCCUGGAGGAUGCCGACUUCGACAACAAGCCCAUGGUGCUCCUGGUGGGUCAGUACUCCACCGGGAAAACCACCUUCAUCCGACACCUGAUGGAACAGGACUUCCCCGGCAUGCGCAUCGGGCCUGAGCCGACCACAGACUCCUUCAUCGCGGUGAUGCACGGCGACCAGGAAGGGCAGAUCCCCGGCAACGCGCUGGUGGUCGACCCCAAGAAGCCCUUCCGUAAACUCAACGCCUUUGGAAACGCCUUUCUUAACAGGUUCAUGUGUGCCCAGCUGCCCAACGCCGUCUUGGAGAGCAUCAGCAUCAUCGACACCCCUGGAAUCCUGUCAGGAGAGAAACAGAGGAUCAGUCGAGGGUACGACUUUGCCGCGGUGCUGGAGUGGUUUGCCGAGCGUGUGGACCGCAUCAUCCUCCUGUUCGAUGCCCACAAGCUGGACAUCUCGGACGAGUUCUCCGAGGUGAUCCGCGCCCUCAAGAACCACGAGGACAAAAUGCGCGUGGUCCUGAACAAGGCCGACCAGAUCAGCACCCAGCAGCUGAUGAGGGUCUACGGAGCGCUGAUGUGGUCUUUGGGGAAGAUCAUCAACACACCUGAGGUGGUGCGCGUGUACAUCGGCUCCUUCUGGGCCCAACCCCUGCUGGUGCCGGACAACCGCAAGUUGUUUGAGGCCGAGGAGCAGGAUCUCUUCGUGGACAUCCAGUCCUUGCCUCGCAACGCCGCCUUACGGAAACUCAACGACCUCAUCAAGCGAGCGCGCCUCGCCAAGGUGCACGCUUACAUCAUCUGCUCGCUGAAGAAGGAGAUGCCCAGCGUGUUUGGGAAGGAGUCGAAGAAGAAAGAACUGAUCGCCAACCUGGCUGAGAUUUACCUGAAGGUGGAGAAGGAGCACCAGAUCUCACCGGGAGACUUCCCCAACUUGGCCAAGAUGCAGGAGCUGCUCAACGCUCAGGACUUCUCCAAGUUCGCCCCCAUGAAGCCCAAGCUGCUGGAGUCCGUGGAGGACAUGCUGGCCAACGACAUCGCCCGCCUCAUGGCGCUGGUGCGCCAGGAGGAGGCGGCUCUGCCCAGCAACUCCGUCAAGGGCGGCGCCUUCGAGGGAACCAAGAGCGGCCCUUUCGGCCACGGCUACGGCGAGGGCGCCAGCGAGGGCAUCGACGACCUGGACUGGGUGGUGAACCGCGACAAGCCCUCGUACGACGAGAUCUUCUACACGCUGUCGCCCAUCAACGGCAAGGUGUCCGGCGGCGCCGCCAAGAAGGAGAUGCUCAAGUCCAAACUCCCCAACACGGUGCUGGGAAAGAUCUGGAAGCUGGCCGACGUGGACAAGGACGGCCUCCUCGACAACGAAGAGUUCGCCCUCGCCAACCACCUGAUCAAAGUCAAGCUGGAGGGCCACGAGCUGCCCGCCACGCUGCCCGAUCACCUGGUGCCCCCGUCCAAGCGUGGCACGCCCUUGCAGGCGUAGAGAAGCCUUCUUCCGGAAGAAGAGACUGGGCGGGAGUUUCUUGUGAAUCAGGGGUGAAAUAUUCUGUUCCAGAGGACCUUGCUGCAUCCCGGACAUGUAGCGUGAUGAAGCUGUGUAAAAGAUGUCUUAUAAUAUAAAGUCCACUUCGUUUGUUGAUCCAAAGAAAUAUAGUUUUGUUUUUUCAAUUUGGAGGGCGAGAGGAAAUAAAUCAUGUUGCUCAUCUA